CGAACGAAAAUCAGAUCACAAUACGGAACCGUCAGAGAAGAUACGCCGGUACCUUACAAACUGAUUCCAGCAAUGUACCGUCUACCAAGCAUGUUGCGGCCUGUUUUGGCCCGUCAGGUGAUCCCUUCCCUGACAAGGUCGUAUGCUAAAGAUCUCAAAUUUGGAGCUGAUGCCCGAGCUCUCAUGCUGCAAGGUGUAGACACUCUUGUUGAUGCUGUUGCUGUUACCAUGGGUCCAAAGGGAAGAAACGUCAUAAUCGAACAAAGUUGGGGAAGUCCAAAGAUAACAAAGGAUGGCGUAACAGUAGCCAAAGCAAUUGACUUGAAUGACAAAUAUCAGAACAUUGGUGCUAAACUGGUGCAGGACGUAGCCAACAACACUAAUGAGGAGGCUGGUGAUGGGACAACCACUGCCUCCGUACUCGCCAGGGCCAUUGCAAAGGAGGGCUUUGACAAGAUCAGCAAGGGAGCUAACCCUGUUGAAAUUAGAAGAGGUGUCAUGGCUGCUGUUGAAGCUAUUGUCACACAGCUGAAAUCCAUGUCCAAGCCUGUCACAACACCAGAGGAGAUUGCACAGGUAGCCACAAUUUCUGCCAAUGGUGACAGUACUGUUGGAAACCUGAUAUCAAAUGCCAUGAAGAAAGUGGGAAGAGACGGAGUCAUAACUGUGAAGGAUGGUAAAACCAUGCAUGAUGAGCUGGAGACCAUUGAGGGAAUGAAAUUUGAUAGAGGAUACAUUUCGCCUUACUUCAUCAAUUCCACCAAAGGUGCUAAGUGCGAAUACCAGGACUGCUUAGUGUUGUUCAGUGAGAAAAAAAUAUCUUCCUUACAAGGAAUCAUUCCAGCCCUAGAGCUAGCCAACCAGGCCCGAAAACCCCUUCUUAUAAUUGCAGAAGACAUUGAUGGAGAGGCCCUAAGUACCCUUGUUCUCAACAGAUUAAAGGUUGGUCUACAAGUGUGUGCUGUCAAAGCUCCAGGAUUCGGUGACAACAGAAAGAAUACUCUGAAAGACAUGGCCAUUGCUACUGGGGGAGCUAUAUUUGGUGAUGAUGGCGAUAUGUUCAAACUUGAAGAUAUCCAAAUGCAGGACUUUGGUCAAAUUGGGGAAGUGACUAUUACUAAGGAUGACACGCUCAUGAUGAGGGGUAAAGGUUCCAAAGAAGAUGUUGAGAGAAGGGCAGACCAGAUCAGAGAUGAAAUUGAACUCAGCACCUCAGAAUACGAAAAAGAAAAACUUAGUGAAAGAGUAGCUAAAUUGUCAAAUGGAGUAGCAGUGCUUAAAAUCGGUGGGACCAGUGAGGUAGAAGUUAAUGAAAAGAAGGAUCGUGUAAAUGAUGCUCUGAAUGCUACCAAAGCAGCUGUGGAGGAGGGUAUAGUACCUGGAGGUGGCACUGCUCUCAUCCGUUCUCUUAUCGCCUUAGAAUCUGUCAAGGGAGAUAAUGAAGAUCAGCGAGCUGGUAUUGAGAUAAUAAAGAAAGCAUUAAGAUUGCCAGCUGUAACAAUUGUAAAGAAUACAGGAGUUGAUCCCUAUGGUAUCGUGGAGAAAAUUGCUAAUGGUGAGGGUGACUUCGGAUACGAUGCCAUGAAUGGAGAAUUUGUGAACCUGAUUGAGAAAGGAAUCAUCGAUCCAACAAAGGUUGUGCGGACAGCUUUAGUGGAUGCUGCUGGAGUUGCCUCCCUUCUGAGUACAGCGGAGUGUGUUGUAACAGAAAUUCCCAAACCUGAUCCUCCAGCACCCAUGGGUGGUGCUGGUGGUAUGGGUGGUAUGGGAGGCAUGGGAGGUAUGGGAGGAAUGGGAUUCUAAAACCAUACACCAAAAGAGUUUAUGGGACUUCUUACUGCCAGACAGAACGUAUUGGUGGGAACCAAAUGUGAUUUGUUAGGGAGCUAAAUGGCCUCGGUUAUCGUCUUUAUCUCACCUAUAAGGAAUUGGUGAUUAGUGACUGUCGCUGUAAUUAGACUUAAGAGACUGAUUAUGGUACAUUUUGAUGACAAGAAACCAUCGACAUCACUUUGUCAGGAACAAUUUUGAUUUCUUGUUCUACAUCGGGAAUAUUUGUUAGCAGACUUUUAUACUGAAACAAAUAUCAAAAUUCAACCUUGCCAUUCUUUUUUCUUGGUGAACAAAAUUGUUUGAAAUUUAAGUAACAAAAUUUGUCUUUGAAAGUUUUUGAAGCAUUUUUGCAUGCUCUGAAGCAAAUCCUUCCAUUUUAUUACUCAUCAUAUGUUCAAGAUUUCCUCUGUGUGAUGGUAAACAUGGUGGAUGUCAAGGGACAAUUCAUUCAUUAUUUACACAGCAUUUAUCAUGUAUUUAGACUUUGCUGAGAAGAUGGACCAGUUAUUGAAAUGAAAUCAGGUACAGCUUUAAAUUUUAAAGUGAUAACUUUAUUGGAGUUGAAAAAAUUCCUACAGUAUCUUUUACUGGAGUAAAUAGGUUCAAAACCAUCACAGAAUUGCGCAAGCUGUAUGUUUUAGUAAUUAUUCUUCAGGUAUGAGAUGGUCAUUCAUUUUUCAAGAUUUAUAUCAUUUCUCACUGUGUCAUAAAUUUUUCAGUAAAAAUCGUGUGAGUAUGAUUGAAACCAGGGAAGUAGUGGGUUACUCAGGCUGAUGAAAGUCAACUUGUCUACUGACCCUGUUUUCAACAGUAGUUGUUUGUGAGCAAUGUUUUGUGGAAGAAUUUACUAUAUAUAUAUGUUUAAAAGAUUAUGUGAUGUCUGCUGUAGCCUCUGGCCUUCAAAAUUUAAGGAAAUUUUGUGAUCAGUAAUUAGGAGCCAGCAUGAAGUUAAAAACAAGACAGAUAUAUUACAUACCGAUAAAUCCUGGCAUUGGGAUAGAUGUAAAGUUUGUAAAUGCAUUAUUGUUUUAGUACACAUAUCUAAAAUCCUUUUCUGGAAAGAUGAUGGGUAUAUACAUCAAGUGUGUUCUCAAAGAGUUUGUUUUGAGACAUUAUGAACUGUCACAGUAAAUUAAUUUUUCGUUUACUGAUUUGAGUAUUUUAUUUAUACAAUUGUCAUUGCAGAUACACAUAUUCGUUAACAUGCUAAUUUGCCAGAAAGUUGUAUUCAAAAACUUGAUAGCACCAUUUUAACUUUGUAUACAGUAUUUCAUUUUGUGUUGAAAUACAAAUAACUCCCGUAGAAGAGGACAAAGUCCUCCCAAUUGCAUUGGCAGAUGUUGCACUGCAUCUAUCAUGAUUUUUGCCUAGUUGAACAACUAACAUUGUUGGAGUAUGUCUGCUGAGACCGGAGACUAGGGAGGUACUGUGAUUUAUAAAUGAUAUUGUGUCCCCAGGCCAGGUAUUCAAGAGCGAAUGUAAUUAUUGAUAUCACAGGUCAGGGACUUUCAUGUAUGGUGAUUUUCCGUGUAAUCAGAUCAAGAUACAUUACUUUCAUUAGCUAGAGAAUAUUGGAGAAUGAUUUGGUAUUUGAUUAUCAUUUGUUAGUACAUAUAGAUUAUGUAGGAGAUUUAUUGUAGAUGUCCUAUGUGUGAAAGUAUGGUGUGAUUUUAUAUGAAAGUAAUAAAAUAUGAAAACAACAAA